CCUCCCCUGGCACAACUUCAGACUAUGUCCCCUUGUUCUAUUGCUGUUUGCCUGGUAGCAGAGCCCAACCCCACCUGGCUACAGCCUCCCUUCAGGUAGUUGUAGACACCAGUGAGGUCACCCCUGAGUCAUGGCUGUGCCCUUGGGGUGUGGUGAUGACAGCAGCUCCUUAGACCUGUGCCCUGGGUGAGGGCAAUGUACCCUGCAGUUGCCACCACAGAGGGUGGGUAGGGAGCAGGGAUCAAGUGGACAGAGCUGCCUGCUGCAAACUGUGUGGGAAGUCUUCCUGGAGCUGCUGACUCUGGGGAGAGCAUCCCAGGGCUGCUGGCAUGUGAUGUGGCCAGGCCUUACUCAGCCUUCCCUGUCUGGCCCUUGCUGCCUGGUACUUGGCAGAGCUGGGCCAAGGAUACCUUCGAGAGAAGGGCCUCCUGCCAGCUUUGCAUUCGCAGCACUUCAGUCUUGCCUCCUUUCCAGCAGGCAGGCCUCAGGCCAAAGCCAUGGCUGCCCCUGCACUGCCCUGGCCUGUGGUGCUCCUGCCCAACCUGAGUGUGAAGUGCUUGGAGGAGUUGUCCCUUUAAACGCUGGGGCCAGGGAGGGUAAUCUGCCAGAGAUUAUCUGCUGGGGAGAGGAUUGGAGCUCAAGGGAAUGUCUCCUCCCUUCCCCGUGUCCUCCAGCAUCCCCUGUCCUCUGUGCAUGGAAACCAAGCUCACUUUCUCCUAGGCAGGCAGAGAGGAGGCCUUUGCUUUGAGGGGCAAAGGGAGGAGGAAGAGGAGGAUGGUGUGUGCUUUGGGACUGGGCCUCCUCUUCCUUGCCGUGCUGGUCUCCUCUGAGGACCCAGAAGGUAACAGGGUGUUUGGGGGAAGAGGGGCUUACAGGGUGCCACACAGGGAACAGGGAGCAAGGCCUUUGUGCCAUUCUCUGGCUGGCAUAGAAGAAGCAGAAGCUGGUUUGCAGCAUUGCUGGGGGUUGCUGGUGGAGCAGCACAGCAGGGAUGAGGGCUGGGCUGAGGUCAGCCUUUGCUGGGCUAUUACCACCUUGCUGGGGGUCUCUGAGGGCUGGGGAGCUGGCAGGAGAGGCAGUCCUUGGCCCCUGAGCCCAGUUCAGUCCUGCUCUGCCUUGCUCCCUGCGGCACCAGGAGACCUGGACACUUACUGGUCUGGCACAGCACCCAUCUGCCUGGGAGGCUGCAAGGGCAAGCACAAGGAGCUGAAGAGGAGCCAGUGUGGGAAUGGCAGCUGCUGCUGGUUGGGCUACAAGUCCUUCUGCAGAGUGAACUGUGGGCGACCCGAAGCGGACUUCAGCUCGGUGGUGUACGGCAACGACUGGUGGGUGGGCUCCGUGGUGCGCUACCGCUGCCGCCCUGGCUUCCUGCUGCGGGGGGACCCAGCCAGCGCCUGCCAGUCCAGCGGCCGCUGGACCCCCAAGCCCACCUGCCUCCGGAUCUGCCUGCAGGGUCGGAUCGAGAUCAGCGAGUGGGAUAUUGCCGGGAGCUGUUCUUCAUCUUGCAGCACCCAGACCUACACGGGAGGCGUCCUCAAGCGUGGCUGCAUCCAGAUCUCCGCCUGUGUGGCCAAGCAGCCGGGCUGGCCCCGCUGGCUGCUGCGCUGUGCCGUCUGCGAGUGUGACUGCCACGUCCCGUGCGCUUCUCCCGUGUAGAGAUGGGCGGUGUGGGACUGCAGCCACUGGCCCCAUGCGGCUGGAUGCUUCCAGCCUGGAUGUCUGCUUCCCUUCGCCACUUGUCUGCAUUGCUGUGCUCCUUCCCUUAGCUCCAUCCAGCCCAGGCUGUCAUCAGAGAGGAAAGGUGUUUGGGGCUCCCUCUCUCUUCUGUCUGGCCCUGUUCUCUGACCCCUGGAGGGCAGGGUAUGGUCUGUGAGCAGCAGGCACCGGGGAUCUGCCUCUUGAGUGCAGCUGGGCUUGGGGACAUCAAUGUCUUAGUCUCUGUUUGCCUGACUGCUUCCUAGAGCAGGCUCAUAUCCCCUUCUAGUGGAGAGGUAGCAUAUGUGCCUGUUGCAGGGGUGUCUCUUCCAUCUGUGCUGCAGGUUGUGAUUUCUCCCUGCCAGCUCUCUCCUGCACUUGGGCCAGGCCCUGGGCUGAGGGACACAGCUGCCCUCAGAGUUUGCUGCAGCCAUCAAGCAGAGCUUGAGAUCGGUCUGCUUGCCCCAUGCCAUGGGCAGAGCUCUCAGGGCAGAGUGUCCUGGCCAGGGCUGCACCACCUAUUGCUGAGGAAUCAAGGGUGACUGUGGGACAAACUGCCCUACAGCCUCCCUGGGACCUGUUAGCUUGCACACAGCUGCUCUUCAUGUGGCCCUUGGCAGGAGCAGCCAUCAUAGACACUGCUGUAACCUUAUGCUAUGCCACCCCUCAGGAGGGAGUUUCUGACCAGACUCCCUUUCUCCCUUCCCUAAGCUCUUUGCUCUCCCUUUGUGCUCGCUGGGGACUGCCCUGGCUCCCUCUGGAGUAGCAGUGGAAAAGUUAAGAGAUUUUGUUCCCCCAGGGAAGGAGAAGGUUGUCUGCAGCACGUGUGAUGGGUCGAGCAGGGGAGCUGGAGGACCAGCAGCACCAGCAGGGGUAAUUAAAAAUAUCUUUACAGGAAAUGGCA